AUGAGUUCGACGCCUCGGACUCGGACCAAGCCCUGCGAUCAAUGUCGAGAAAAGCAUCUGAAAUGCGAUAAUGAGAAUCCCUGCGCCAAUUGUAAAAAGCUUUCAAUCAGUUGCGCUCGAGCUAAGAAGUUCCGCAUCAAAAAGCUCAUCACGAGUGAAAACACGUUCAAGUUUGAUCCGAACCAAACAUGGAUAGAAACAUCAAAUCACAAAAAAUCAAACGCGAUUUCCUUUGUCGACGAAACAAACUCUGCGUCUCGCCACUCCCGUCCCACCGCCGCUGAAUCUCCUUCUUCCGAAAAUGGAUCUCAAUCCGAAAGUUUAGAUUUUGCUGCUUCAGUUUUGCAGACGUUAUCAAAAGGCAACCCGCAAAUACCCGAUGAGCACGACACGUCUCUGGCUCAAGCACCUUCAGAAGAACCCCCGGAUGCUUUUGCGACAUCCCGAAGCUAUGAAGAUGGAGGCUUCGGUACAUCUCAAGAUCUUUCUCAACUGUCACUUACUUCAUCACCAAGUGGACAAUCGCAUCUUCCUACCAAUCACUAUGGAGCGGCAUCACUUCCUAUCUUCUCCGCCCAAUGGCAGCACUCUUCUCCUGAAAACGAUACAGGGAAGUAUCCAAGUGGGACUGAUGAACAGUCACCCUUUGGGGGAUACAACUCCCAGCUUUAUCAAGCGGAUACCCUUCCUUCCAUGAUGGACCUGGAACUUCAUAAUCCCACUUCGUUGUUGAGUGCAAAGUCGUCUCAGCCGCUAAGCCUGGAGGAAGCUUGCCUGCUUCGCUGUUUUGUUGAGAAACUCGCAAGAGCUUUCGACACCACUGAUAGGGACCAUCAUUACGUCUCAGUACUUCCUCUUCGAGCCGUACACAGCCCUCUUCUUCUCAACGCUAUAUGUACCGCCUCUGCACGAUUUCUCACUCGGGUCUCAUCACUCCAAGAUCCAGAUAGCAUUAUCGAGUAUGCAGGUGUCGAGCUCCCGGAUCUUAAUAUGGAAUCAGCUAUUCACUACCACAACAAGUGCAUCUCACAUCUGAUGGGAGUAUCAGCAGAUCCGAUCAACUCCUGCAGUGAUGAUGCUCUGGCUGCCAUUACAAUAUUGAGGUACCAUGAGCAAGUUGAUACACAUUUCACCGGUACCGAUAACGAGACUUUCUCGAUUGCAGUCCGCGCCGUAUUCCAAGCAUCCCAGAACGACGCAGAUGGGCUUCUGCACCUAAUUCUCCAACCUCCCCGUGGCUCAGAUGUCUAUGCAACUUCUCUCUCUUCCCUCAGAUUCUCAGCCUGCCUCAUUGCGCUUCGUCAAGAGAUUUGGUCCGUUCUCAUGCACCGUCGUCCCUUUAGACUACCCAUCCUGCCUGUCGAAAACUAUGGCAUCUUUGAUGAUACCUUGGCUGCUGAUGACUACGACUGGACCAACCGAGUUCUCAUCUGGUGUGCCCAUGUUCUUAAAUUCUGCUACCCAGAUGAAGACUACGAACAGCCAAUCGAUAAUCGAACUCGAACCCAGCAAUGGGAAGCUAUCAAAGACUUCCAAAGAAACUGGGAUGAGAAACGACCACCUCAUUUCGCGCCACUCUACUACCGAGAACGUAACCCAUCAGAAGGUCGGUAUUUCCCAGAGUAUUGGAUUACCAGCCCAUGCCAAAUGCUAGCUCUCCAGCAUAUCGAACUAGCACGCAUAGUCCUUGCAGUACACGACACCAAGAUCCAACUCGGCAUCGGCGGCAGAGCUGCGCAUAAAGCACUAGAAGAGCUCAUGCGAGAAGCAACAAGAAGAGUUUGCGGCUUGGCCAUGUCACAGAAGUGGUGUCAAGAGGGAAUGGUAACUGCUGCUGUUGGACUAUCCAUGUGCGGCGAGUAUUUCCAAGACCCGGGAGAACAGGCUGCGAUUAUGGAGUUGGUGACGUUGCUUGAGCGAGAUCAUGCUUGGCCGACAAGCACUUUGCUGAACAAUCUUUGGAAAUAA